UCAGACAAUCACAUAAUUGUUAAAAAAAGACAGGGGAUUUAUUCGGUUGCUGAAUGAUCAUACUAUUCACUCAUAGAAAACAACAGAUUUUGAAUAUGAAAAUAAGGGAUUUAGUGCAACAAUACAGAGUUAAACCAAUCAUUUACUAGACCGUGUAUUUUAAAACCCAAUGCAUACAUUGAGCAAACAUACAGAAUAGCAAGCAGGGAACACUUUUUUUAAACAUCCAUAACAGAAUUUAUAAUGUUGUACAUUUACAUAGGAAUUGACAUUCUUCACUGUGCAGCAUCACAAAGACCAGGGUGCGCGCUCGCUUUCUAAUCUCGUACGCAGGGAAACCCCGAAACAGCCUCCGCGUGAUGGCGGUAUGAGGCAGUCCCUGCAAGCCUGAGCGUGGGAGUUCCUGCCUUCGCCAUGUCGGGGUGGUGCUGCAACGCGCUGAGGAUACCCUGAAUUGGGCAGAAGUCUCCCAGCCCCCCUCCUGUCUCUCCAUCAAUCCAUCUCUAUCCAUCCGCCCCCUCACGGCAACAGGCAGAGUCCAGCAUCCCCAGCAUCACAGUUUCUCCGGAUCUGCUGCGACACGUCUUACCCCCUGAUCGACGGUGGACGAAGGAGAGACGCACCGAGUGAUGCUGCUUCUGCAGCUCGCGAAUCCCGCACCACCGAAGACCGUACACACACCCGUUAGGAGUAGGCGCGCUUUCCCCGUUAUCUGCAACAGCCCAUGAAGAUGUCCAACGCAGACAUCAUGGGUUUAAACCCCGCCGACCGCUUAAUCAAAUCGGUGCCAUUUCCGCUGAGCCACAGGUUAACAAUGCGCGAGGUGUUCGACUGUGAAGGAAAGCCUCGCGUGGACCUGCUGAAGGCUCACCUCACUAAAGAGGGCCGUGUGGAGGAACCCGUCGCCCUGCGCAUCAUUAAUGAGGGCGCCGCCAUUCUGCGCCAGGAGAAAACAAUGCUGGACAUAGAGGCUCCGGUCACAGUGUGUGGGGACAUCCACGGGCAGUUCUUUGACCUGAUGAAGUUAUUUGAGGUUGGCGGAUCUCCUGCGACAACUAGGUAUCUGUUCCUAGGUGACUACGUGGACCGAGGGUACUUCAGUAUUGAGUGUGUCCUGUACCUCUGGUCAUUGAAAAUCCUCUACCCAAAGACUCUGUUUCUACUGCGGGGAAACCAUGAAUGUAGACACUUGACUGAAUACUUCACUUUUAAACAAGAAUGUAAAAUCAAAUACUCUGAGCAGGUGUAUGACAUCUGCAUGGAUGCGUUUGACUGCCUGCCUCUGGCUGCACUGAUGAAUCAGCAGUUUUUGUGUGUUCACGGCGGACUGUCUCCAGAGAUCCACACGUUAGACGACAUCAAGAGAUUGGACAGGUUUAAAGAACCCCCGGCGUUUGGCCCCAUGUGUGAUCUAUUGUGGUCCGAUCCGUUGGAGGACUUUGGGAAUGAAAAGAGCCAAGAUUACUUUAGCCACAACAGUGUCCGUGGAUGCUCUUACUUCUACAGCUAUCCUGCUGUGUGCGAAUUUCUACAGACCAACAACUUACUGUCGGUCAUCAGGGCACAUGAAGCUCAGGAUGCUGGUUACCGUAUGUACAGAAAGAGUCAGAGCACAGGAUUUCCCUCUCUCAUCACCAUCUUUUCUGCUCCAAAUUACCUGGACGUUUACAACAAUAAAGCGGCUGUGCUUAAAUAUGAAAACAAUGUGAUGAACAUACGACAGUUCAACUGCUCCCCACACCCGUACUGGCUGCCCAACUUCAUGGACGUCUUCACUUGGUCUCUUCCUUUUGUUGGAGAGAAAGUGACAGAGAUGUUGGUGAAUGUUCUCAGCAUCUGUUCAGACGAUGAGCUCAUGAAUGAUGGAGAGGAGAUCUUUGAUGCUAAUGCAGCGGCCGCCCGUAAGGAAGUUAUCAGGAACAAGAUUCGUGCCAUCGGCAAAAUGGCUAAAAUGUUCUCAGUCUUGCGAGAGGAGAGUGAGAAUGUGUUAACCCUGAAAGGACUGACCCCAACCGGUAUGCUGCCCAGCGGUGUCCUGGCUGGAGGAAAACAGACCUUGCAGAGCGCUACCAUUGAAGCCAUUGAAGCCAUCGAGCCAGUUGAGGACUCAGAAGCCAUCCGUGGCUUUUCUCCGCAGCACAAGAUCACCAGUUUCGAGGAGGCGAAGGGUCUGGACCGCAUAAACGAGCGCAUGCCCCCCCGCCGAGACGUGGUGAACAGCGUGGGCGUCUCCAUGGGGAAGAUGAACAUGGCCGAAUCCAACGGCACGGAUGACAACAGCAACAUCCAGUGAUUCAUCUUCUCCUCCGCGUCUCCCCCUCUCCCUCGCUCGUCCCUGCUCCUUCUCCCAUAAUGCAAUUCUCCCCUCUUUCUUAAUUUUUACUGCCGCCGUCUGUGUAGCAGAUGGAUUAUGUGAUAUAUUUAGACAGAACUCCCUGCUUGACGCUCAGACGCCUCAGCAACAGACGAGACGGACGGAACGACCGCAUCGCUUUCCGUGAAGAGGAUCGCGCGCUGUCGAGAGUUGCAUGAUGGGACGUGUAGUUUUACGGAUAUGGGGCUAUGAACACUGGAAACGUUUGUCUGAAGAAACGUUGAUUUAUGCGUGUUUGCAUUUUUGCGUGUAUGUAUGUGUGUGCGCGUGCGUCGGAGACGUGUGUUGUAUAAUUAUGUGAUAUGUAGGUUUUCACAAAUGCUCGUUCACAACGAGGCCGUUGCUCUAUUUGUUGUGAAUCAGAGGAGCGUGUGUUUCCAUUCUUGAGUUUGUGUGAGGAACUUCAUUAACAAUUUUCCUGCCAUUCUAUGUUUUGCUACUAUUAAUCGAUAUACUGUAUAACCUACGGAGAACGUAAUAUUCAACAAAACCACUUCACACAGGUUAAUACUACGAACAAUCCGCAAACAACCGCGUUUCGUGCUCGCUGCGUCGUGUUAAUGCGCUGUCGUCACGUCGUGCUGCGGUUGCUAUGGCAGCACUAUACUCCUCGUGUCCCCGGAGUCUGACAGCUCGUCGCCUCCUCAUCACUCCAGAUCAGCGGGAAUAUUCAGCGAGAGGUGGUUGAUGCAACGGAUGGUUUCAAACAGGUCCGCCAGACUGAACAGGUCUCCUGCCACGCGUAACCCAUGGGAGUUUAUUUUGUAUAUAAAUGGCGUAUAUUUUUAAGGAUCGUUUUGUUAUCACUUAGCCUAUGUUCACUUUAUUUAUUUAGGUAUUUAUGGUUCGUUUGUUUUCCGUUCGUAUACAUCGCUGUACAGUUAAUUGGGUUCAGAUGAGGUGUUAUGACAUGUGUUUGUACGUUUCUUUUUCGAUGUACAGAAAUGAUCUCGUAGUGUGAAGGAACACGUAUAAUUCUGUGCAAAAGACAUCCGGGCUGCCAGAGCAUGACUGCAUGGUUAUUUCAAAAUGUAAAUCCAAUAAGGACACACCUGAACGUGUCUCGCGUUUUUAAGGAGAAGUAUAUUCUGCUCAUUAUUCUAUACAAUAUUCUGGUUAACGUUAAUUAUGAUUAUGAUUAAGAGGUUUAAUCCACUUCCUUUCAUCCUCGUUUUGGUUUCUCAUUACUUUAUAACUAAUGGCAAUGUUUAUGGGUUGUUUGUGCUUCUAUAUCUUGUAUUUUUCUCUGAGGCUUCAUUUUGAUCAUCGUUAUUUUCUGAUCUACAGUACGGACAGUGUGAGCAUGCCCUAUGGGACAAAUCUCUUUUUUUACUCUUGAAUAAAAUAUGCAUGAACCUUU